AUGGACGCCCCCCGACGGCCGUGGAAGGAGUGCCAGAGCUCCUUCGCACGAAGACGGAGUCACCGCCAAAAUGAAGCUACCAUACAGAAAGAUAUCAAGUCAAAAAUAUCAAUCAUGAACAGCUGGAGAAUCAUAAUUUGCCUACUGUUCAUCGCACAACGUGUUUCAAGUGGUGAAAUCUAUACAAAUGUGAGUGGUGGUGUAGUGACUAGUGAGGUGUGUGUUGACAUGGCUGAACGAUAUAUUAUACCGGACGAACGGAUAAGCACAGCAAAGAUAAGAUAUUCAAGUGUUGAACUAAAGAAGCUACGGUACAAGUGCGGCGUUAUUGGCGUAAGUGAGACAUGGUUUUCAAGAAACAAACCAGCAGAAUUAUAUAUGCUGCCUGGGUACGAGUUGAUACACCAAGAUCGUGAAACGAGAGGAAGGGGCGUGGCGCUAUACGUUAAAUAUGAACUUGCAUUAAGAAACACAAAUAUUGUUGUACCGGAUAAUUUAGAAUGCGUAUGGACGAUGAUUGAGCAAAACUUUCCCUACCACGUGAAGAAACUCUUUGUAUGUUGCCUAUACCACCCACCAAAUGCACCCUCACACGACGAGUUGCGGGAGCAUCUCGUCACCACUGUGGAUGCUGUGCGAUCGACAUAUAGUGACACUCGUAUAGUAAUACCCGGUGACUGCAAUGAUCUGGAUGUGAACUAUCUAACAACACAACUUAGACUUCGAUGUAUCGUCACAACACCUACUCACGGGAACUCUACAAUCGAUCUUAUUUUAACGGACGCUGAAUUUUACAUAAAUAGCGAAACACAACCACCCAUAGGAUUGAGCCGUCAUCUAUGUGUAUGGAUCACGCAUGAGGAGUGGAGGGAUGUGUUAGCGACGAGCGAUGCCGACGAAGCAGCAGACACGAUGGAGAGGGUACUGUUGGAGCGGUACGAGGCGUGUUUCCCGGAACGACGCCAGAGGAUGAGGAAGGAAAACAAACCUUGGAUCACCGCGAGGAUCCUGCGACUCAUGGACGCGAGGCGACGCGCGUACGACCGUGGCAACUUGGAUCGCUGGAGAGAGUUGUAUCGCCAAAUCAAGUGUGAAAUUAAAAAUACCAAACGACAAGUAGGACUUAAUAUACAACAAAAGGAUAUUAGUUCCCCUAAAUUUUCCAUGAACGUUAAAGGUAUCUUAGGAGGCCAAAAGAAACCCCUUAAAAUACCCGUUUUGAGCCAUCUUACCACUAUUGAAAUUUGCAAUACUAUCAAAUCACACUUUACCAAUAUUUGCACACAUUUACCCCCGAUUGACCCAUUGCAAAUUCCUAGUUUUUUACCGGCCUGCGAACCGCCAGUAAUAGACAGAAUAACUGUAUAUAAAGCACUUUUAUCCCUUAAAGCAAACAAAGCCUCACCACCGGGCUCGUUACCUAAGAAACUUUUGCAUGAAUUUGCGUAUGAAAUCAGUGAGCCUUUCACUCAUGUAAUUAAAUUAAGUAUUGAGAGUGGUAUCUUCCCUCGUAGAUGGAAAGGGGCCACCAUCACCCCAUUGGCCAAAAAAAGAACAGUUAAUGAAUUAGGUGAUCUACGUCCUCUUUCCCUUACCCCCGAUUUUGGUAAAAUCUUAGAAGGUUUUGUAGCCCAACUAGUUCUCCAGUAUGGCAAUCUAAAGGGGAAGUCACCUUCCCAUUAUAUGACAUCUUUUCUUAACACAAUUUUGAAAGCCCUAGACAAACCCAAGAAAAUUACUACUUUUUAUUCUAAUAUCGGCUACAUUUCAGAAUUUAACUCCGCCGUUAAAUUGGCAAAGCGCUCCCAUGUCGUAAUUGCUUGGGCAACGGCGAUAUGA